AUGCUCAACUCGAAAGCAGAAUCGGCGAUGACGUCGUCAACCGACUGGCAGCAUCACAUUUACGCUUGUUCCGACGAUAAUUCCUACUAUGCAGCACCCGUCUUUCACAAGAACAACAACAAUACAACUGAGGUAGGAAUUCGGACUGCAGUGAAAUGAUCCAGACGCUCAGGCGCCGAAAAAAUUGGCGCCGUCGCUGAGCCGCCAGUCAACCUGUCGUCCCAUAAGUCAGCUUUAUCUGCCGCACAAGAAGCGAAAAGAAACGUUCGUUUUCACCUUCACCUUUUCUAAAAGUUAUAUCCCGGUCCACUCGAGCUCAGAUAUUUCUAGUUUUUUUAAAAAUCAGUUUACUUUGUAAAUAGCAAUUUCCUUAUUCAUUUCAAGUCAAUAUAUUAUGAUAUAUAAGAAGUACGUAUUGCUUCCUAAUGGCAGUAUCCUAGAAGAAGCUUUAUCCGGAGACGGAUCAGAAAAGCUUUGAGAGAAUUACAAAUUGGUUCAUACAAGUUUCAGAAAAAAAGAAGAAAAAAAAUUGCGUACUUUUCUGUUUUUCUUAGGGAAUCAUUUUUUCAUUUGUAAUAAUAACCUGAAGUUGGGAUCGGAAAGAAAUAUCAACUAAUGAGGACCAGAAUCAAUACUACUCUGCCAGAAUGGCGCACGGUGCCGUCUAGCCUCAUGCACUUCGGUGCAUAACUUGGGCCCCCCCCAGAUGAGGCUGAAUUACAGUUCUCGUUGGGAAAGUUCAAAAACUUGGAUGCUUUAUGUUAACCAACUUUUUUUUUAAAACAGCUGCAGUUUAGACAGCAAUAAUGCAGUACAACCUGAGAACCUCAUUGUCUUCUCGCCGAAUAGCAUUUUAUUCAGGUUUUGAAAUGAAUAUUGUCUUUCUUGAGUGUUAUGAUGUACUGUCUGGAAGUGUUUCCAUGUGUUUGGAUUUGAAUCUUGGCAAAGAAGGAAGAAAAAGUCGUGAAACGCUGCCCCUUGGAGGCGAGAGAGGCCAAGUUUUAAUUGAGUUCUUGUGCCGAGCGAAGAAGGACGAAAAUGGAGAGAAAAAGGCGCAAAAAACGGCUAACGAGCCGGGAUGAAUGAAUAAAUUCCUUAUGCCGCCCGUCUUCUCUUCUGGUCUAAUUAGGUGUUCCUCCUUUGAGUUUCCAUCUUCCAGAAGAGGGCGAACGACGCAAAACUUUUGUUUUCGCCAUGCCGUCCGUCUAACUUUGAGCUUCGCUCUGUUUGGCAAAAUUCCAUGCUUCUUCAUUUCUCUUCCGUUUCCUUGAAUCAAGUCUCCUGUGUUUUUUUUUUCUGACUCUAGCAUUUCAGCUUUUACUUCCAAGGGGAGGAGCUGAUUGUUGUCUUUGGACAUGCGAAAGUUUUGGGGUCGCUUCUCAAUUUUAACCGGAGGAUUAAUGUUUUUAAAAAACGAAAAUCAUUUUAAUUCAGUUUUCAUUUUGUUAUUAAAAUCUGCAUUCCACUUCCAUUUCGUUUUCUUGAAAGCCAUGGCUGUCGAGACUUGAUCUGACGUCUGCCUACUGUAAUUAUUCGUCGAAUUACUCCGCAUGAGAAUUUGUCGUUGGGUCUCACACUUCUCCACUUCUUUUUUCCAUUGAAACCCAUAUGUUCUUGUCGCAUUUCACAUCGCCUCACACCUUUUUUCAGUUUUUUGAUCGCGGAAAAGCCCUUCUCUCAAUUUUUCUUUUCUAGAUUUUUGACGAGCUGAGAAAGUUCAAAGAGGAUGUUUUACUUACUAGGGAACUGCUCGGGUACGCGUAUCAAGUUGAAAAUUCGGUGGUUCGUAGACUUGGGUAAGAGCAUGUGGGUUUCUACUUGAUACGCGUACCCGAGCCCGAGUAAUUCCCUAGUUAGGAGACAAAUCAUAGAAGGUUAAAUUUCUAAAAAAAAAGCUUUCAUCGAAUACUCUGGGCGACAAAAACUUAGUUUGAAUGUUCGCUACUUCAUAUACUCAUACAGUGCUAGUCAGUGACUCCACCCAACAUAAUUGCCGAUAUCGCAGCGGGCCGCACGCGAUAUAGCCAAGGCUUCUCGCUGCGAUCUCGUCAACAUGUCGUUGCGACCUCGUCAAAGUCUCGCUGCCAUAUCGCUCCCUCUCAAAAAUAUGAAAUUUGAAAAAAAAAUUUUUUGCUUUAUUUUUGACUUUUAUGAUGAAAUCAAUCAAAUUCAAGAAAAAAAAAUUUUUGAAGAAAAAUUUUUCAGAGACCGAUAUAGCGCAAGACGUUUGCGAGGUCGCAGCGAGAGGCGAGCGAUAUCGCUCGCGGCUCCCCCGUGGUAUAGCGUUACUCUCGCUGCGAUAUAGUCCACAAAAUUGGGUGUCGUGUCGAUUUUCGUGUUUAAGUUUUCUCGGCAACAGCCAUUUCCAAUUAAACGCGUAUAUGGUUGAAAAAAUAGUCCAAUACUUGAGAUUAUAUUUGGAGCAACAUUGGCACAUUUGAGUAGGCAUGAAAUUUCGUUCAAAUUAAAUGACUGUCUGCACCUCUCAGAGGCUCAUGCGAUUCCGUUUCCUUGUUUUUCACGCUAAAAGUUUUGAAGUCGAAAAGGUAAAGGUUUUAAAAAAAAGUUCCACGAGAAAAAUUGUUCAAAUCGUACAAAGUUAUUCUAUUAAGCAUGCAGAGAAUACAGAGGUUUUUUCAGCUCUUUCAGAACGCUUUUAUUGAAAACACUUCUGCAUUUUCGGACACGCAGCCUUCCACUUUUCGUAACAAGAGAUUAUUAUGAAAAAAGAAUGAAUGAAAAGGAUUAUGUGGUGGGACCUGUUGUGGCACAUGUGUGUCGCGUGCUGGACUGCGUUGAAAAAUGAGACGCUGGGUUGUUUUAUUCCGUGUUGAAUCGCCAUAACCCAUUUGAAAUGAGUCCCAUUAAACGCCAUCAGAUGGGAAUUUAGUGCGAUAUUACGACGAGCAAGAAUUCUUCUUUUUCUACUCUUUUCGUUUUGGCAGCGUGCCUCCGGUUUUUUCUUUAUAUAUUCUCGAUUAAAGCAGGCAGUCGUUUGUUCGGCAGAACUUUAGCAUCAAAAAUGUUGGUUCUGAAAAUCUCUCAGCGUGAACUUUCUUCGCACUGUCCAAGUUCCUCUUUGCAACGUAUUCUUCCACGGCUCGCGGAGGCGUCGAAAGCUCAAAAAAAAGGUUGAUAAGUUCUGACAAAGCGGCGGUGGAUGAAAACGCCGUCGACAUGUGGCAACAGAUGUUGACGGAUCACCGUUGUCGUCGGAGCCUGGAAGGAGUCGGGCCACCGACGUUCCAAGUCGGUCGUCCACUUUUCAACUCAAUUCCUUCGUUUAUUGUUCCUAAGUUUGAGUCAUAG